GCGAUGUGGAUAGUGGACAAGUUGGAAAAUCGGGGAGGGAAACGUCAGAGCGGAACUAAACGAAUGUGAGAAGUGUCCAGCGAGUUCCUACUUUAAACACUUGCUCACGGCGACGAGUUCAGUGUUAACGCCUGUUGCCCGCGUCGCUUACAGCCAGCGGAGGUGCCGAGCCGGCGGCGGGAGGGAGGGAGUGAGUGAGGGAGGGAAACAUGGCCAACUGUGUGGCUUUCCAGAGCAAGUUGACCUCGAUCAUGGAGAAGCUCGCCCGAGCCGCCGUGCUGGAGAUCGGCCGACUGUGGGAGGACGGCUUCGCCCUCUUCCAGGUGGAGCUGCGUCGGAGACAGAGCGAAAUCGAAGCCCUGAACAAGAAGCUGAUGCUGAUGGAAAACGAGCGGCUGUCUGUGCUGUCUGGAGCUCAGACCACAGGUCUCUCCUCCUCCUCCUCCUCCUCCUCCUCAUCAUCAUCAUCAUCAUCAUCUUCUUCUUCUUCGAAGAGAGAGCAGCAGAACAAACUGCUGACGCCCACCGGUGAUGGGCCAAUUAUAGAUUCAGUGCAGACACUAUGUUCUGAUCCAAGUGUCAGAGAGACGACGGACAACUCUGUCAAUCGCACACCACCACCAACCGCUCAGACAGAAGAGAAGCAGUGUGAGCAGCCCGAGUCCGUCCAUUGUCAAAGGGACGACACAGAUGACGAAGAUUUAAUAGUCAAGAUGGAGGACGAUGACGACAAUGAUGACGUCCAGAUCGUGGAGCAGAUAGUGGACUCUGAUCACGACGUCAGCGAUGGAGCGGGUCACCACGAGAUGGAGCACGACCACCAACCCGCCGAGGUCCCGGAAGAAAAAGAGAUCCAGCAGUGGACGUCUGUCUCCGUGGCAGACGGCGACGCUGCCGACGACGACUCGGACUGCCUCUUUGAACCCAAGCAGCUGUCGCAGAAUCUGGACUCGGAAAUCCUUCUCAUUCAAAACGCCCUGGACAUUUUUGAUAGUUCGGCAGAGACGGCGUAUUCCGUCCGGUUUACGAGGGACAACGGACAAGGCGCAUCGAGCAAAUCGGGGGCUCCUUCGACUUUUAGCCAAGCUCAGCCCUGUCAACCUACAGAAGCAAUAAAUCACCCCGAGAGGGGGGUGUCCAUCAGAUUCCUCCCGGAGGAAAGGCCACAGACUAAAAACAUGUCGACCUGUAACCCGGAGAGCAGACUGUUCCUCCUGAACGACCCGGAGUUUCAUAAAACGAUAGCGUGUCACCGCAUGAAGGAGAAGUGGUUCGUGUGUCCGUUCUGCGGGAAAAGCUUCGACCGCAUCAGCCACCUGGAGAUUCACCAGCGGAUUCACACGGGAGAGAAACCGUACACGUGUGACACGUGUGGCAAGUGUUUCUCUCAGAGGAGCAACCUUCGCACUCACCAGCGGACUCACAAAGAAACUUUAUCCCAAAAUGCAGUUUGAUUUCAAAGGUUUUUUUUAAAAGAACGACAAAAGAUAGGUUUAAUCUCAUUCUAGAAUGGAUUCACAAAUUAUUUCUCUUUGUAUUCUGAUAUUACUGAGGUAAUGUAGCUGACUGAUAUGACUGUGCUCUCAUCUUUCCUUAUUCUUUUUAUUGUAACUUUGACAUGGUUUGGAUUUUAAGUUUUAAAUUGGUUUCCUGUGAACUCUUUGUAAAGGGCGAAGCUGAGUUUUGACUUCUUAAAGGUGCAGCGGGAUAAAUCGAACAAUUAUGUUUUCA